GUUUAUUUUGGUACAAAAAGAUUUUUAAAAUCCAUGCAUAAUCUUUUCAUGAUAUCCAUUUUCCAUGAUUUUCUGAAGACUCUGCAAAUGCAUACUUUUUUUGGUACCAAAAUAUACAUAUUUUUAAUCCUAUUUUCCAUGAACUUUGUGAAAUACCCUAAUAUUCUAGUAUGGGGCAAUAGUCAAUAAGCAAAUAAAUAAGCAUUUUCAUGAGAAGGUAGUAUGUGCUAUGGAGGAAAAUAAUGCAGAGUAAGGAGGGUAAGGAUUUUGGGAAGUGUUGCUAUUUUCUAUUAGGUGAUUAAGGAAGGACUCACCUGUAAAGUAGGAUUUAAGCAAAGAUUUGAAGUUAGAGAGUAAUCCUUGUGGACAUUUGAAAGAAGAGUGUUUACUCUUCAACUGCUGGUAUAAGCCACUAGUUGUCCCCUGUCAUCCACUGUCCCCUUCUUUCUUCACUAAUCCAUGAAUUUUAUCUGAGUACAUGACCACUGAAAACAAAGAUUAAGGUUUUUUGUGGCUUUCCUUAUAGCUUGGUGUGGCCAUGUGAUUGAAUAAUGGAUGCAAUUGUCAGGUUAUGUCUUUAAAAAAAAAAAGAGGGAGAAGAUGCAUGGCUUCUCCUUUUUCUUUUCCUUAUCUUACUGGCUGGAGUGGGUCAGAGAAGACAUGGUUGUGAAUUCCUGGAUCUUGAAAACAAGGACUAUUUUCUUGGAAAAACUAGGUCAACUAAAAAGAUACCAUGUUAGUCCUGGGGUACUUAAACUUGGACGGGUACUUAAACUUGGACAAUUACUUAAGAAAAAAUAAGCUGCUUUUAUCUUUAAGCCAUUGUAUUUUUUUUCCCAUUAUAGCCUAGUGUCAUAGGUAGAAUUUAAAAUAAUCCUUGAGAUUUCCUGCCCCCUGGUAUAUACACUCUGUAUAUUCUCAAAUCUGUGAAUAUGAUAGAUUUUACUGCCGUGGUUAGGUUUUAUUAUAUGGCAUAGUUGACCCUAAAUAAGGGAAAUGAUCUGAGUGAGCCUAGUUGAUCUGAGUGAGCCUGGCUUAACUAUACAAGCCCUUUAAAAACAGGGAAUUUUCUUUCGCUGGUUGUAGAGGAAGGUGUAAGAAAACUUUGAAGUAGGAGAAGGAUUUGAGACACUGUUGCUGUCCUGAAGAUGGGGGGAGUAUGUGCUGAGGGAGCAGGUAGCCUCUAGGACCUGAGAGUGGCCUGUGUUGGAUGGCCAGGAAGGAACAGGUACCUCAAGUCCUAGAGCUACUAGGAACUGAGUUCUGCCAAUAAGAAUGAGCCUGGAAGCAGAUCUCUUCCCUAUAGCCUCUGUGUGAGAACUCAGCCCAGUCAACACAUCAAUUUCAGGCUUAUGAUAUUCUGAGCAAAGACCCCACCUAAUUUGUGAGAUUCUACCUUGGUCUUGUUUUUAAGUUGCUUAGUCUGUGAUAAUUCGGUACAGGGAUACAGAAAACUUAUAUGUUAGUGCAGGUUCUCCAAGCAGAACCAAUAGGCUGAGAAGUCUCACAAUUUAUUGUCAGCUUACUGGAGAACCAAGAAACCCAUUCAGACCUAAUUUGAAUGCCUGAGCGUUGGUAUCUGUGGACAGAAGAUGGAUAUCUCAGUCCAAAAAGCAAAAGCACCCUUCCUCUGCCAUUUUGUUCUGUUCAAGCAAUAGAUUGCAAGAUGCCCAUCUACACUGGUGGGAACAAUCUUCUUUACUCAGUCUAUAGAAAUUUCUCACAGAAAUAUCCUCACAGACACACAUGGGAAUAACAUUUUAGCAACUAUGUGAGCAUCCCUUAGCCCAGUCAAGUUGACAUAAAAUCAGCCAUCACAACUUUGUGUCUCCUGAAAGAUACACAAGCAGAGAGCACAGCAUGUAUGGAGGCUCUUAGGUGGGAGUAUCCUUGACAUGACUGGGCAGGAGUAAUGAUAAGAACAGAGCCACAAAGCUAUCAAAUAGAAAUUUGUAGGUCUUAGUAAGACAUUGGCUUUUACCUGUGGGAAUGAGAUGAGAAAGCAUUACUGAACUUUGAACAGAAGAGUGAUAGGAUCUGCCUAUAUCUGAAAAGGGUCACUGGAUGCUCUACGAAGAAUAGAUUAUAGGGACAUAGGUGGAAGCAGGAAAACCAGUUAGAAGGUCAUGGAAUAAUCCAGGCAAGAAAUGAUGGCAGCUUAGACCAGGGCUGUAGCACUUAAGUGGUAAGAAAUAGUUGGAUUCUGGAUAUAUUUUGAAGAUACGGCCAACAGAAUUUCCUGAAUGACUACUUAAGGGUGUGUGUGUAAGAGAGAACUCCAAAGUUUUGGUCUGAGCAAUCAGAAAAACAGACUUGCCAUUUCCUUGCCUUGUCCUGGAGAGGACAGUGAAAAGAGAAAGUUUCCUUUAUGGGAGGGGAUAGUUAGGAGCUCGGUUUUGCACACGGUAAGUUUUCAAGUUUGAAAUAAUUAUCAGAUAUCCAAGUGGAAACAUUAAAUAGGCAGUUGAAUGCACAAAUACGGGUUUCUGAGAGGUAGAUCUGAACUUUUUUUCUGUUUUAAUCAUUGAGCUAAAUUUUAAAAAGCAGUCAUCCCUAUACCUUCAUCCCCUAACUAGAUCUUGAGCCCCUUGAGAUCAAGGGAUUUGUCUUACUCAGAUUUAACUUUAGGAGGUUGUAUGGAGUCCACGAAUAUCCUGUUGAAGUCUGGCAUUAGCUUCAACACUCAGUGAAUGGAUAAAGUGACACACGCAUGACACCUGCUUCCACGCCCUCGGGAUUGUUAUUCCUCGGAAUCCACGUGUCAUUCUUGUCCAGACCCACCCAGGUCCUCUGCCAGUCUCCGAAACCCUGGCUUAUGGCUCCCUCAGGUUUGGCCCGAGUCCCACCCCUCCCUGCUCUGAUCACGGUCCUCAGCCCCGCCCACACCUGACUGGCCCCGCCUCCUUGGAGCUGCGGAGGCUCGGGCCUCCCAGCUUCUGGUAACCGUUCUAACAGCUGGGAGCCGAUGGAGAUGCGAGUGAGACCUCUGCCCAGGAUCCGCGUCCCUUCAUCCCCCAGGACCGGCUCUGGCCUCUGCUUCCAGGAGGACCCCGUCUCCCACGCUCCCACGGAGUCCUCCUCCUCCCUCCCCUGUCCCUCAGCCUGCUCCGUUGUCCCUUCUUCGUCUCGCUGUCCCUGACCCACAUCCCCAGGCGCUCCCCCGCAAUGAAACCUCAUCCGCGGACCUGGCUCUCCUCCCUUCCCUUGCCUCCUGUACGCCUUCAGCCAGGUGAGGCUCAGCCAUCGAGAGCCUGGAACUGGCAAUUGAAGCCUGAGUUGUGGGCAAGGUCACUUCGACAGGAGUUGCGAGCCCAGCUCCUCUUGGUCACAGAGGAGAGGUGGGUAGGUUUGCCUCCUGGUGAAACAUCAUCUGAUGCCCUUGAGUCCUGGCAUUCCGUCUGUGCCCACAGCAAAGGACAGCCUGGGGCCCAUCAGAGAAAACAGAGGCAGUUCCUCAAGGCAGCGCCUGAGACAGAGCAGCCCACAGUGCUGGAACUCCUGCUAGCUGAGCUCAAAGCUCUGUUCUCAGCUGUGCUCCAGGAUCACAGCCCUGCAGCUUGGUGCUACCUGCAUGCAGUACUUGGUCUGCUGCCUCCAUAUCGUGAGUUGCUUGCCGGUCACCUUGAUUUGCUGCCCUUCCUGGAGCAGCUGUUCUGCUGGGCUCCCUGGGUCCAGUGCCAUCUCCAGCUAGACCUGCUAACUGCCAUAGACCAGGCCUUCCCCCCUGACAGCUCUUUGUUAGACAGUGCCUCCCAUGUUGACUGUGGUCCCCAGAAGAAGUUCUGUCAUAAGCGCCCCUGCCCAACCUGCCCUCUGGUGCAGGCCCGGUGGGGUGGGCAGCAAAUGAGGGAUGACUUGGCCACCUGGCUGCGACCGCUGACAUUGCCUGAACUACAGCACUGCUUGGGCAUCGUUGGUGCUGAGGUGGCCCUAGAAGAGGCCCAGUGGCUGGAUGGCCUUAGUCUCCUGCCCUUGGCACUGGCAACGGACAUCCCUGUACAAUAUGAAAACGUUGGUACUGACAAAGCCGUGGAGGAACCUGCUGGAAGAAGAGAGAUGAGGUCUCAGCUGGUCUAUGAAGUUCCUGUGGAGAAGACCUUCCCUCAAAAAAGCAGUGACUAUUCCUUACCUAACAUUUCUGUCCAGGGUAGAGAGGUGAUAACUAUUCUAAAGACAGAGAGAUACCUGAAGAAGAUCCACUUCCUCUAUCUCAAUGUGGCUCCCAACCGCUACUUUAGGCCCUACAGCCUGAAGGUGGUGCCACCAAACAAGGUGAAUCCUGAACACUACAUCUUCUCUCCCUUUGGGAUCCUGCACAUACACCCCUUGGAGGGCAGUGAGGCGAUGACACUGGGUACCUGGCACCGCCACUCUGUUCUCUGGCAACAGCUCCAGUUCAUUCCAUUCUUUAAGUAUUGCCUCUUACGCAAGGCCUUGGCCAGGUAAGUGAUAAUGGGGAUGGGAUUCAUGGG